CGCCCUCCCUCACCCCGGACGCGCCACGCUCCCCGGUGACACCGCGGCGGCCCUUCCCGGAGCCCGGCCCGGCCGAGCCCCGCCCCCCUCUCCCACCCGCGCCGGCCGCGCCGCUCCCGCCCGCCCCAGCCCUGCGCAGGAGGGGAGGCGGGAAACACGCGAGAGCCUCUCCCACCGCCCUGCCCCCAGCCCCGCCACUCCCAGCUCCUCGGACUCCGUGCGUCCUCCGGGGAUUGUCUCCGAGGGGCCCGCGCUGUGCAGACGCCAUGGAGGUGGUGCUGAUCUUUCUGUGCAGCCUGCUGGCUCCCAGCGUCCUGGCCAGUGCAGCUGAGCAGGAGAAGGAAAAGGACCCUUUUCAUUAUGACUACCAGACUCUGCGGAUCGGGGGACUGGUGUUUGCUGUGGUGCUGUUCUCCGUGGGGAUUCUCCUUAUCCUGAGUCGCAGAUGCAAAUGCAAUUUCAAUCAGAAGCCCCGGGCUCCGGGGGAUGAGGAGGUGCAGGUGGAGAACCUCAUCACUGCAAAUGCAACGGAGCCCCAGAAAGCAGAGAACUGAGGUGCAGCCCUCAGGUAGGAAGCUCCCAGAACCUGAAAGGAGCUGCUUGAACCUUUAGACGCAAGUGUUGAUGCUUAAGAACACCGGCCACUUCAGCAGCAGAUCUUUCCCCAGGAGAAGCCAAGAGUGUGUGUGUAUCCCCCUGCCCCUUCGCCGUCCCCUGGAACACGAUCCUCAACUUAACGAUGCAACUGACACCCGCCUCUCCUGCCCGCAGCCCGCGGUCUCGUCCACGUCCUGUGACGUGUCUGUGUGUGUUUGAUGACUGUGAUCUCUGUGGCUGCUUGUUUGUGGAUGAUGUUGUAUUUUAGUGACCCUGAACUCGCUUUCCCCGGGUGGGUGCUGAGCCAUGUCACCGUCAGCCCCUCCCUGCUCCCCUGUGGCCCCCACCCCCAUCAUCUCCCACUCCCGGGAGUCCGCUUUUUCCCUGAGAGGCCAGUCCCUUCUCUUGAUUUGGGGGUGGGUGUAGGGCUAGGGGGGUGUGGGGGGGGGUCUCCAGUUGUCUCGGGACUUGGGAAGGUUUACAUCACCUCCGUGAUCAUUUUUCUUGGCCUCUCUUCACUUCAUUCACAAGAACCUUGCUUCUGUAUUCUAGUCUAGACCCAGGUCUGUUCUGAGGGUCUCUUGGCAAUCGGGAGGUUCACGGCCAGGAGCUGGUGAGCGCAGCUUUGCCUCCAGGCAGGCUGUGCCCCUUCCACGGUCCUUUCCCUCUUGGGGCUUCCACCCCGGGGUCCUCAUCUGCCCGGCACCGUCGCAGAGCAGCCCGGGAUCCCGGGCCCCGGGCUUCUAGUCUGCCCCUGGGGAACGUGCCCCCUGCAUAUCUUCUCAGCAAUAACCCCAUGGGCUCUGGAACCCUGCUCCUCUCUCCUACCUUCCCUGCUUCCCAGCUCCCAGCUAUAGCCCGGCUCUUCUGGACUCAGACUCCUGUCCCUGAAUGAGGUCUCUGGUAGGCAGUGGCUGAGGGGCUCCAUUCUGUCGGGGCCCGCAAAGCAGCAGGGAGAGGAGGCGUCCUGUGCUUCUCUGCCCGCGUCCCGUUGGUCAGGGAGCAGCGAUGGCUCCCAAGCCCUUUGCUCCACCUGUUACUGGUUAGAGCGGCAAGUGCAGUGGCUACACGUGGCUUAGAGACCCGGGGCAGGUGGGCACAGCCCUGCUGCGGAGGGAACUGCCAAGAGGUCGAAGGUCAUACAGAAUGGAAAAUCCAAGCAGACCCCGCCCCUCCCAUCCAUUGUGUUCUCGUGGCAUCCAACCAGACGUGCCGCCUGACCGGGCCGCUGUCCUCCGUGCUGUGAUCGAUCCUCUCCACAACAAAAGGGAAUAAAACACCAUUUGUUUCCUA